AUACUAUGAAAGCAGUAAGAAGAGCAUACAUUUUGGUUCACGUGAAAGAAGGCCAAUUUGUGAGUGAGGCUUUGAAGGUAAAUGAACUGUUAUCAGGGUAUAAGCAAAUCCAACUGAAUCCUAUUUUACAGUUAUCCAUCCGAGGUCCUCUUAAGAAGCCAUCGGUAUAA